CGGCGUGCUCCCGUUGGCGGGGACCGGAGCGGCGUUUGUUGACUUCCUCGGAGGCAGCGGGGGCGGCGCCGAGCCCCGGGAAUUCCCCGCGGUGGCGGAGGCCGAAACCGCGGCCGGGCCGGCGGGGUGGGGGGCGAUGGGCUCCCGAGGGGGCCCGAGCGGAGACCGCGAGGGACGGCGCUGCCUCCCCGCCGAGCUGAGCGCCCGCCGCUGACCCGCCCGGCCGAGCGGGGCCCGGACAGCUGUCAUGGAGGAGUUGGUAGAAGAUGACAUCUGUAUUUUGAACCAUGAAAAAGCAGACAAUGCUCACAAGAGAGACAGUGAUAUUCCUGUUCCAUCAUAUAGUGGAGAUGAGUCUGUUGCCUCACACUUUGCACUUGUCACUGCAUAUGAAGAUAUUAAGAAACGACUGAAGGAGACAGAGAAGGAGAACUCUUUCUUAAAAAAAAAAGUGAGAAUUUUAGAAGAGAAGGUGCUUGGCUCCCGGCUGGAAGAGGAAUGCAGCUCAGUUGGACGGGAACAAGUCAAUAAGGCCUACCAAGCCUAUCGAGAGGCCUGCAUUGACCGCGAUCAUUUGAAAAGCAAGCUGGAAAAAAUGGCGAAAGAAAGUGCGGAAUCCUUGAAAAACUUGAAUGAACAGUUGCAAUCUAAAGAAGUAGAGCUGUUACAACUAAGAACUGAAGUGGAAACUCAGCAAGUGAUAAAAAGUCUGAAUUGUACUCAGGCUAACUGGGAAUUAGAGAAGCUGAACAGUGACCUGAAAGUGCAUAGUCUGGAACAGGAUCUGGAAAAACUCAAGGAAGAGUGCAACAGUCUCAGGAAGGAGUUGCAAAAUUCCAAGCAGAAGGACCAGGCUCAGAAGGAAAAUCCAUUACAUGAAGACCACAUUCACAGGCAAGACAUCCAGAGCAUGCAGCAAACAUAUUGGGACCUGAAGAGAGAAAUGUCUAAUUUGCGUGCAGUGACUGACAAGCAAGCUGAGGUCCUCCGAAAACUGAAAAGGAACCCACCAGGAGCCAAGAAAGCUGCCUGUACUGCACCAGUGCAAUGUGUUGACUUGAACAUUUCAAAGCUGAAUUUGACAUCUGGGGUAGUCUCUAAAAACCUCUCACAAAACGAUAAAGCCCUUGGCAAUGCUGUGUCUCCCCCUCUGCUGAGAGAUGCCCAGGUCCCAUCAGAAAGGGUGACCUUACAAGCUUGGACAGAUGAGAGACCAAUUCCAGCUGAUGGCAAAACGUUUCAGGAACACCAUUCUUAUGGAAAGAGCUCUCUGGAAGAUAAUUCCUGGGUAUUCCCAAGUCCUCCAAAGCCCAAUGAGAAUAUGUUUUGGGAAAUGAAAAAUAAUCCAACUUUGUUAAACUGUCCAGCAGAUUACCUGGAUCAGUGUAAUCAAAACUGUCUGCACAAGAGUUAAACAAUUUUUAGAAUGAACUGAGGCAUUUUUGGAGUGAUUCUGAAUAGGCACCUUAAUGCUUGAACUUUUAAGGAGAGAAAACAAAUUGCUUGAAAUGUUCUUUCUUUUUUUUUAAUUCUAGUUCCAAAUCAGAAAGCCUAGUCUUUCUCUGCUGUAAAUUGGGAGCAAGUUCCUUGAUGUUAAAGCUGUGCUGGUAUAAUGUAAAUACAAAGAAAUCUGGCAUGGGGCCUAGAUAGUCUUGUACUGCAAAUGACAUACAUUUGCUAAAGGUUACACUGAAAAGUGAGUUUGUGGAAUAAAACAAAAUAAUCUAG